CUUUCUUUUUGAUUUUUUAAAGAACAAAUAUUGAGUGCGAAGGACGGAGAAACAUGUCCCGACCGCUCCCCUUGAACCCCACCUUCAUCCCGCCUCCCUACGGCGUGCUCAGGUCCUUGCUGGAGAAUCCACUGAAGCUUCCCCUGCAUCACGAAGACGCAUUUAGUAAAGAUAAAGACAAAGAAAAGAAGCUGGAUGAUGAGAGCAAUAGCCCGACAGUCCCCCAGUCGGCCUUCUUGGGACCCACCCUAUGGGACAAAACCCUUCCCUACGAUGGAGAUACUUUCCAGUUGGAAUACAUGGACUUGGAGGAGUUUUUGUCGGAAAAUGGCAUCCCCCCCAGCCCAUCGCAGCAUGAGCACAGCCCGCACCCUCCAGCCCUGCAGCCAGCCCCCUCAGCAGCCCCCUCUGUCAUGGACCUCAGCAGCAGGGCCUCUGCACCCCUGCACCCUGGCCUCCCAUCCCCAAACUGUAUGCAGAGCCCCAUCCGACCAGGUCAGCUGCUGCCAGCAAACCGCAAUACACCAAGUCCCAUCGAUCCUGACACCAUCCAGGUCCCCGUGGGAUAUGAGCCUGACCCAGCUGACCUUGCCCUCUCCAGCAUCCCUGGGCAGGAAAUGUUUGAUCCUCGGAAACGCAAGUUCUCAGAAGAGGAACUGAAGCCACAGCCCAUGAUUAAGAAAGCACGCAAAGUCUUCAUCCCUGAUGAUCUGAAGGAUGACAAGUACUGGGCCCGGCGCAGAAAGAACAACAUGGCAGCCAAGCGCUCCCGCGACGCCCGAAGGCUCAAGGAGAACCAGAUCGCCAUCCGAGCAUCCUUCCUGGAGAAGGAGAACUCGGCGCUGCGCCAGGAGGUGGCCGAUCUGCGCAAGGAGCUGGGCAAGUGCAAGAACAUCCUGGCCAAGUACGAGGCCCGCCACGGGCCGCUGUAGGACUACCGAGCAUGGGGACGGUUCGUUUCCUGGCCCGGGACACCGCACCGAACCCCAAACACACCUUUCUGACAUCAGCACUUUACCAGAGGCAUCCACGCGACCCACUCCCGUCUUGGUGUGUUGUGUGCGUGUCCACGUGCUUGUGCGCCUGUUUUGUGGUCGGGGUCUGCGCGCCCCCAUGCAGGUAGGCCCUCCUCUGUCAGUGCCCCCACCCCAAAGAAAGGUGCCCAUGUUUUUACUGGACUCAGGAGACCUCCAUCAAGUGGGGUUUCUCCGCCACCUCCACCCCUACUUUCCACUCCCGCGCUUUUCCACGUUGCUUCUCCUCCUCUUGGUUCUCUGCCCUCUCCCGGG